GUUAGCGGUAUUGUGAUCGGAGGGAUGUAUAAAUAUGAGAAAUAGAGGGAAUAUCAACAUCGUUAUUAACGGCUGUUUUUGUGGGAUACUGGUAAUUGCCACGGCGUUCUGUACAAGUGACUCGGGUGACGAGAGCGUCGGGGCAGAUCAUCGCAGAGAUCGUGUGAAAUAGGAAGAAAGCAAGUGGAAGAGGGUCGGACGAGGGAAUUCACGAGCGCCCUUGUACUCUCUUAAUCGCUUCUGAGGUAAACUCUGGUCAAUACCCUGUGCUGAACGGAACCAGUUUUUUUCUAUCCGAACAGAUCACCAAAAGGAGUAGUUCACGAACAGGACUACAAUUCAAGCCAAGGAAAACUACGGCGGACCUCACUGUUAGACCAACCAACAGACUUUGAGCGGGGAAGGGCGUGAGCACGAACAAAUUCGCUUGCGCGUAAUUUACCCACGUCAGCUGCAAAACAGUGAUAUCAAAAAGGACAAAAAAGAAAAAAAAAUUCCUCUUAUGACCAACGGUAUGCACACAUUGUGGCAUAGUACGCUUCAUUCCUCCUAGAAGAAUCUCGUGACUUUUGCCGUGUGCGUCGUAAUACUUGGGCACGUUUUGUUUUAAAGGACAGCGGUGGUUUCCGCGACGCCAAAAUGUCCACUGUACUGGACCUUUGCGUGACACGGACAACGCCAUGCAAAUGCUUGACAUUUGAGAUUUACCUUUGAUUGUCUUCAAUGAAGUAAGAUUUCGUCAGCCUUUGGUUGGUCAGGAAAAGACAUCUACAUUGCCAAAAGUUACGUGUCAUGGUAUUUCGCCUGACCUAGCCUUGACUCUGAAAGUUCGUGCAGAUUUCAACAGCGUCUGCGGUACAUAUUCUUACGGCAUGCUGUAGUGGUUAUUAGGGACCGGAGGACCAGCAUUGCUGCAGGCAAGCCACUCAAUGAAGAGGGUUGGGAGACAAUUAUUUCGCUCUAGACGGAGGCGCACCGCACGAGUGGUUAGCAGAGUUGUCUAUUUGUAACACCGAAACGGUGACGCGCUUCAAAAAAAGAAAAGAAAAAUCCGGGAAGGCGUGGGAUCCUUGAAUAGAACGACUCCGUGUUCGGUGGACUAGGGACGCCGAAGUGCGAGACCGAAUCGACCCAGGCGGGUGGCAUUCCACUGCACUACACGUGCUCCACAAACCUGUUGACUUGACGUCAGGACUGCCAGCGAAGCAUACGUCCUACUCACCCGGGUGGACACACUUUUCAAUAGUUCAAGCAGGGGACAAUUUAUAGGAUCCGCGAAAUUUCUCGUUCUUAGAAGUUGCAAUUUAGGACGCAGAAUCACCCAGGGGCUUGGCUCACAGUUGCGAUUUAAGGAAAGGACAUCAUAAAAAGAAAAAGACACAUUGCGAAUUUGAAAUUAUUUUCCCAGUGAAUAUGGCCAGCGUGACGGAUCAAUUAAUGUUAGCGUGACUGGUGCUAAAAGCGGAAUUGGCGUCAGGACACACACUCACUCUCCAAUAGUCUGAGUCAAUCGUGAGCAAGAAAAUCGGAAAGCAUGGAUUCAAACUUAAAAAGACAGAUCCAGCACAAACUUUACCGUCCUUUCGAAGAAGACGAGGAAACGGAAGAGGAGAAGGCAGGUCCCCUGAGAAAAGACACGGCGUCUGUCGUCACAACGUCGGUGUGUGUCUCCGCGAGCCAGCGAUCACCUGUGACGCUGGUCUCUCAAACUGACUAUAUCAAAGCUGAAAACUCAAAAUAUAAUUUAAACGGGAAAGACUCACUUUCUCCGAUAUCGUACAUCCAAAACAUGGUGGACAGAAAACAUUGUUAUUCCUCUUCAACGCCAGAGAGUUCAGCGGUUGCACCGAGAGUGUCCAAGUCUGAGAAUCACCUAACGCUAAGCCCUGCGUCCUCAGCGAGGCUCAGUCCGCCAGACAUGCUGUCUCCUUCAGGACGCGACGUCGUUACCGUCACCCCACGGGGGUCAUCCCCAGUAAGCCAACACGGGCCACUGCGGCUUGGGGACGGAAAGGGUCCCAACAAGUCCACGGUGACGGUCCUCCCCGGGCAACAGCAGCAAGGGCUGCCGGCGCCGGGUAAUCACCAGGGCGAGGAAGCCUCGGUCGCCGUCGUCGACGUCGGAUUCUCGGAGAACGACGGAGACGGGGACUUUGACUGUUCAGAUUAUGGGAAGAGAAAACAGCGGCGGUACCGCACGACGUUUACCAGUUAUCAACUUGAAGAACUUGAGAAGGCGUUUCAAAAGACCCACUACCCCGAUGUGUUUACCAGGGAGGAACUAGCACUGAGAAUAGACCUAACAGAGGCCCGAGUCCAGGUAUGGUUUCAAAACAGAAGAGCAAAAUGGAGGAAGAAGGAGAAGGUUGGGCCACAGUCUCAUCCUUAUCACCCAUUCAACGCUGCCCUCAACGUUGCUGCGGCGUCAAGAUUACACCACUCCCAGCAUCAGGCGUACAAUGACUUGCUGUUGAAGUCGUAUGAAAACCAUAUAGGGGGAGGAGGAGGAGGAAGAUUUCCGUUGUCGCCAUUGGCUGCUUUGAGCCCUGCCGCCAUGGCAACUGCAGCGCGUGUGCAGUCGCAGACACUGAACCCGCCGAUAGGUGGCGUGGCUGGGAUAGGGAUGCGGCCUUUCUUGCCUCUUCCUUUAAAUUUCAUCUACCCUCCGCCGGGUUCGUUUCAGCAUUUACUAGCUAGCAUGACUGCGAAUGCUGCUGGAAAACCACAGACUGCUGCAACUGAAAGACAGACGCCACCACUGUCGCCGCCAGUUUCUAAAACACCAUCGGAAGUUUCUACAUCCCCUGUGGAUCCUGACAGGCGCUCAACUAGCAUUGCUGCGCUCAGACAAAAGGCGCGGCAGCACGAAAUCCAGUUAGAUAUAGCGCGAAGAAUAAAAAACGGGAUGGUAUCUGUAUAACAAAAAAGACAAAGACUUACCAGACUACGUCUUAGUCUCUAAAUUUGUGAAUCGUUACGAUGUUUUUUUUUGUUGUUGACAAGGGUUUUGCCAUCUUCGCAUUUAGCUAACGUCACUUUUAUGUCGAUAUGGAUGUCUCAAAAAUGCCAAAAUUACCUCGGAUAAGGGUUUGAAAAUGGUAAUUUAAAGACUGGUAAAGAUGUGAGGUUAGGUUAGACAAAUAAAAGAUGCGUGCGUAAGAUUAUAGUAGACCCUACGUGUAUUUACUCUACUUGUUUUAAUAUAUGAGCUAACCCAAUGUAGGCUACUUAUGUUAGACGAAGACAUACCAAUGGACGAAACGUUUGGGAAAAAUACAAUAACGGGUGUAUAUAAUGAUGUGUAGUUUGACUGAUAUCGCAUUUACAUAAUGAUACUUCUUUCCAGCUUAGGCUUAUAUUGUGCAUUUUCUGUCCAGGAACUCAAUCUCAAAUGAAGCUCAUUAACGACAAAAAUAAUAACUUUAACUUAAAGUCUGACGAAAUCAGUUUGUGCAGUGCUAAACACCGAUUUUUGCACAGACAUGCAUGUUUUUUAAAGUAACAAUAAAGUAAUAUAAUGACGGGACGAAAAAGGAACAUUAUAUGGUGAAUGCCUCGGAUAUCCACGAGCUUCAGGUGAAACAUGCCUACUUCUUCAUUUUCAAAUCUCCUUAUCGAUAAGAUUUCUAUCAAUAACCAAAGUUGGAAGAGGUGCGCUUGAAGAAGCUUGUCCACGUCGUCUCUGAAAAUCAGGCGCCUUGUACAAAACAUUUAUUUAUAUAUAACAAUACACAAGGUGAUAUGAUUGUGAUAAUAGUCAAGAGCAUUGGAAUAAGUAUAUUCGAUAGGAUGGUCUGCUAAAUAAAAGGCGUACAUGUAGAAAAAUACAGUGUAAUUAAAAUAGACAAAAGUUAACAAAAAUUCACUGUAGGUGGCCAUUAGACAGUUAAGUUUUUUUUUUUUUUUUUUUUUUUUGGUGGGAGGGGGUUCAAGAUGCAGCGUUUGGGGCAGGGUAGAGGGGACGUAUCUGGGGUAUUGGCGUAAUAUUGCACACACGCAUGUUUCUAUAUGUGCAUGACGUUCGAUAGUGAUCUCCCAGGGUUAUAGUUCUUCCGUAUGGAAGAUGUAGGAGAGAGAGAGCAAGAGAGAGAGAGAG